AUGGACAACGACGACGAUGCGCUACUCCUGAUGAGUCUUGAUGCCGCCGCAAAGUACAGUCGAUCAGCAUUGGACGCAUCCAACGCCCUUCGCGAUGCCUUCUUCAAGCUAUCUGCUGCGAAGCGCAGCGUGGCGACGGAUGUGUUGUCGUCGCUCUCCUUCAAGGAAGUCUUCGAUGCCACCACUGGCGUGUCCAUUGUAGGCAAGGAAUUUCACCUUCGCAAGAAUUGGGACCAAGAGCGAGACAAUAAUACAACCUUGCAACAAGAGAAACGUUUGGCGGAAAGAACAUCAUCGGACGCUACGAAAGCGGCCGCCCUACGGAAUCGCAAGCCAAAGAGCUCCUCUACCAGUGUUCACGACGAGGCUCCUCCUCCUCAUGACCGUGCGACGACCCCGUCGCCCCCUUCAACUCUACCCACGCCCGUGUUUUGGUUCGCACCAAUGCCAUCCCAGGAUCUCCGCGCAGCCCAGCUCCAAUUCUCUCGAGUCCUCGAACAAUACGUCCAUGCCGCCACAUUGGCGCGGCAAACCACCGACGCCGUUCGCGCCGUCAACCCUAUCAACUGA